AGUCGCGGGACCCCUUUCGGAGAGACCAUGGCGCUUAACAAGAAUCAUUCGGAGGGCGGCGGAGUGAUCGUCAACAACACUGAGAGCAUCCUAAUGUCCUAUGAUCAUGUGGAACUUACGUUCAACGACAUGAAAAACAUACCAGAGGCCUUCAAAGGGACCAAGAAAGGCACCGUCUAUCUUACCCCUUACCGGGUCAUCUUUCUAUCCAAGGGGAAGGAUGCCAUGCAGUCCUUUAUGAUGCCAUUUUAUCUGAUGAAGGACUGUGAGAUCAAGCAGCCUGUGUUUGGUGCAAACUACAUCAAGGGAACAGUGAAGGCCGAAGCAGGAGGUGGCUGGGAAGGCUCCACUUCAUACAAGUUGACCUUCACAGCAGGGGGCGCCAUUGAGUUUGGACAACGGAUGCUCCAGGUGGCAUCUCAAGCCUCCAGAGGUGAAGCCCCCAAUGGAGCCUAUGGUUACCCUUACAUGCCCAGCGGGGCCUAUGUCUUUCCCCCGCCAGUCGCCAAUGGAAUGUACCCCUGCCCUCCUGGCUACCCCUAUCCACCGCCCCCACCUGAGUUCUAUCCAGGACCUCCCAUGAUGGAUGGGGCCAUGGGAUAUGUGCAGCCCCCGCCACCACCCUAUCCUGGGCCCAUGGAGCCUCCGGUCAGUGGUCCUGAUGUUCCUUCCACUCCUGCAGCUGAGGCCAAGGCCGCAGAAGCAGCUGCCAGUGCCUACUACAACCCUGGUAACCCCCACAAUGUCUACAUGCCCACGAGCCAGCCUCCACCGCCACCCUACUACCCUCCCGAAGAUAAGAAGACACAGUAGACCCCACCCACUUCCCUGCCUCCUACCCUUUUGGCUCAAUCCUGCCCCUCCCUGUGGGGCUGGGGCUGGAUCCGGGGUCUGGGGGAGGCCAGGGAGGACUUUGUUCUUCCCUAGGUCUGAUUAUAAACAGUUACCAGGAACCAGCAUUGUGGGAAAGAUGGGGCCCUGAACUCUGGAGAGACACCCCAGUUUCCCACACUAGCUCAGCCCACGGCGCUUCUCUGUCAAGCUUCCCUUUCACCGUCUCUGAGGCUUUCAGGAGCAUGAGGUGCCCCCUGGUUCCUCUUUUCUCUAGUAACUCCUUCCCACGGAGGGACUCUUUGGCCACCUCCUCCACUGCAGUCCAGUCCCCUUGGUCUGGUAGCUAGUCUAUACUGAGCCCCGUGAGCCAUGUGUCUCCCCCACAAGCCCUCUGAGGCCCUACUCAACGUUCCUUCCACUGGUCUGUGCCUGAUCCUAGAAGGCUACACCCUGCUGGACUGUCGGGCUACAUUCCGUUCACCCAGGCCACGGCCCCAGUUAUACCUGCCCCACCGUCAACUGUCCUUGCUCACUCUGUUCCCUCUGACUUCGGGAGCAUUAACACGGGCUUCCACAGGUCGGGUAGCAUCAAGGUCAAGGCCACGAGGCUGGGGAGGAGGCCCUGCUCCCAGUCCUUCCCCCCCUUCUGGAAUUGUUUCCCUUCCAUGUCUCUUCCUUCUACAAGGGGCUUCUUAACGGGAGCUGUAGAGUGCACAUCCAUCCUGUCAUGCCAUUUGGGGGCUGUGGGGUUGGCUGCGAAUGAGGCCCCCAACUCUGCACCUGGAACCUACCACCAUCCCUUGCCAGCCCCUCCUCAAGCCUCAUGCCCCCUGGAUGCAUGAUGAAGUGAGGAGAUGGCUAUUUAAAGAGAAUUCCCUAUUUAUUUGACAAAAAAAAAAAAAAAAAA